CAAGUUCAACUACCACCGACCGCCAGUAUCAUUCCAAAGUUCAUAUCAAACGAUAACAAAAAUCGCACUGUAAUACCUUGUAGGCACCUAAUCGGCACUUGGUGCACACAUAACCGGGUAAAAAGUUGAUUUAAUUUUGAAAAUUUGCAUCUGCGACGGCGGAGAAUGUUCCUUCGUGCACUAGCUCGGCAAUCGAACACUGUCGCUGGGAUGUCCGGUCAGAGAAAUUUGUGCAGCCAGAUUAGUUCCUCCCGACUACAGGGGAAAGUCGCAGUGGUCACAGCAUCCACCGAUGGCAUCGGUUAUGCUAUCGCGGAACGUCUGGGCCAGGAGGGCGCCAAAGUGGUCAUCAGCAGUCGCAAAGAACAGAACGUAGCCAAGGCGGUGAGCCAACUGACCAAGAGUGGACUGGACGUCGUUGGGGUCAAGUGUCACGUGGCCAAUGCCGAUGAUCGGAAGGCACUGUUCGAAAAGGCUGUGGAAAAGUACGGCGGAAUCGACAUUCUGGUCUCGAACGCGGCGGUCAAUCCUGAGGUGGGUGGCGUGCUGGACGCCAGCGAAGCAGCUUGGGAUAAAAUUUUCGAGGUAAACGUCAAAUGUUCGUUCCUGCUGGCCAAGGAAGUUCUACCGUACAUUCGUCAGAGAAAGAAUGGAAGUAUUGUAUUUGUGUCUUCGAUCGCCGGAUUCCAACCGUUUUCAUUGCUGGGAGCUUACUCGGUGAGCAAGACGGCGCUUUUCGGAUUGACCAAAGCCGCCAGUCAAGAUUUGGCCGCUGAAGGCAUUCGGGUGAAUUGUAUCGCACCAGGCAUCGUGCGAACCAAGUUUGCUGCUGCCCUUCAUGAAUCGGAAUCCGCUCGGGACACCGCUCUGGCUCAAAUACCCAUGGGACGAUUUGCUCAGCCUCCGGAGAUUGCAGGUGUUUGUGCCUUCCUGGUAUCCGACGAUGCCAGCUAUAUUACGGGAGAAACUAUUGUGGCAUCCGGUGGAAUGCCUUCCCGUCUCUGAACUUCUUUUAUUUUGGUGUAUGGGACAUGGAAUUACGAAAUAAAGUUAUUGGUUUGUUAGAUAUUUCGA